AUUCUGAUACCAAUGAGUGAUAAUAUAUUAUUAUUUUAUAGGUGACGGUCACUUUUAUAUGUGGCAAAGUAUUUCGUUGUAUUUUCGGUAUCGCCGUUGUUAUGGUUCUCGUCGUUAUCAUUGUUUUUCAGUACAAACAAACACGUAAUGCAAUUCGACCGUUUCAAUAUUAGCACAGCUUACAUUAAACGUAAUAUUAUUUUGUGUACCAUACCUAAUAUCAUAAAUCACAAUUGUUGAAAUUUGCACACAGCAUUGUACCGUAUUUUUUACUGCCUCCGGCAACUGGUCUCGAUGUAUAACGCACGCGCCGUACGAUCCGCGUUAUAAUCUGUUUCGUUGUACGCCGUAAUGACGUGGAGCUGUCGUUGUUUUUACGUAGGAAAAUCGUUACUGUUAUUUAGUAGAUCCGCAUAUCGCUGCAUACUGCCGUCACCGCCAUCGCCACUUGGGCUUCAAAGUUCGUCGUCAAUCUGUUUUUCUCAGUGUGCGUCAACACGACGGCCAGUAUCGCUGCCGGAACGCAGUAGUACAGAGUACUGGCACGUCAGACCCUAGUCGUCAACUCAAUCAGUGUAUCAACUGUUGUGUCCAUGAUGAACGGGUAUGACUUUGAGUAUGCGCUGCGUGUUUCCGCUUCAGCAUGCACGUGCGUCCAGUUCUUGUCCGGAUUUUUGAUAUGUGCUAACUUCAUGAAGAAAGGCAAAGUAUCGAACGAGUCUGUUGUACCAUUUGUCACUGGAUUUCUAUCGUGUUCAUUGUGGCUGUAUUAUGGUAUGAUAUUGGCCAACAGCACAUUAGUGUCAGUGAAUGCUUUUGGCUGUUUGCUAUUUGCUAUAUACACAUGGCUAUACUAUAGAUACACUUCUAAAAAAAAACGAGUUAUACACUAUGUAGUAUCAGCUAUUGCCGUCAUUGCAUGGAUUGUGUAUAUUACUUACACAAAUGUAAAUCGAAAGCAUUCAAAAACUCUGUCAUCCGCAGAAUUACAUCUGCAUGAAACAGUGGAGGUGGUGGCAGUAACACCUUUGGAUAUAGCAGACACAUCAAUCAUCUCCUCAACCACUAAUGAUGCUAUAGACCGUGUUGGGCUUUUAUGUUCUCUGACUACUAUGUUGUUUUUUGCAGCACCAUUUUCAAAUUUAAUUCAUGUGAUAAGAACUAAAAAUACAGAGUCAAUGCCAUUGCCGUUGAUUGUAAUGACAUUCCUUGUUUCUGCUCAGUGGUUGGUUUAUGGCCGAAUGUUACGUGACAAGUUUAUUAUGUACCCAAAUGCUGUUGGAUGUAUGCUUUCUGUCAUACAACUGGCUCUAUUUGUUAUUUAUCCUAGAAGGUCUGCUGUACCAUUGACCACCGAACUCCAUAAUCAUCACCAUCCAUAUCCUUAUAUUAAAUUAAUGGACGCAUGAAAGAUUUAAUAAUUACUUUACUAACAUUAUAAGUCUUUUGGGUAGCUAAUAUUGUUGCAGUCUUCAUGACUGUAGCGUUUUCUAAGAGAAGUACAAAACACUAAAAUCUAAAACUAUAAAAAAAACUAUUGUUAUUAUAUUGUUAUUAUUAUUAAGUAUUACACUUGUGAUAUUUAUAUUAUAAUUUAACUUAAAUUAUAUUUAGUUUUUAUGUUGUUUUACACCAUUAAUGGUAGUAUAAUUCAUAAAUUGUGUUGUUGUUACUGAAUUUAUGUUAUUUAUUGAUGACUGAUAAUUACCUUUUUCUCAGUUUUGUAAUUUAUAAAUUAUUUUCUACAAAAAUGUAUAACAGUAGUUAACAUUAUCCUCAAUCAUUGUGUACUAUUAAAUACUACUAAUGUUCCUUCUAGUCUUUAGUUAGGGGAAAUUAAGACAUCACUUCAUUAUAAUCACUGAUAUGCAAUUUGGCAAAAAAGCAAUUAAUAAAAUACAUAUAAUUUAUUUUAAGACAAUAAGUAUUGACUUAACUUUAACUAAAUUAUUGAUAGUGUAAUAUUAUAGUUAUUUAUAAUGUAUAAUUUGUAUUUUCUUUUGAAAAUAUUUUAUAAGUUUAUAACAUAGUAUUAUGUAUUAUGUACUUAUAAACCAAUGUAAAACCAUGAAAAUUUAAAACCAACAAUGGAUAAUAUUUUGUUAUACUUUCAUUAUUGAAUUACUUGAAUAAAAAAUCAAAUAUUUUUU